GGUCUAGACCCAAAACCAUUCGAAGCCUCUCUUCCACUGGUCGUCUUCUUCCAUAAUCAUAGCUCCAUUUUCACUGCCGUCUCUCUCUCUCUCCAGCCAGCAUCCGCCGCAGCUUCUUUAUCAUAUAAUAUGAGGCGGCGUCGACGAACGAAUAAAGAAGAUCUUGCUUUUUGAACUCACUCGCGACGGCGGAAGGACGGCGUUUAACCUCUAGGGGUCUUUCCCGAAGCUGAUAUUAAUUUAUCGAUAAGAUGCAGACUCUAUUAGUGACUAUGGAAAAGUCGCUACUUUUCAUUCGUUUCUAUUACUCCGGAAUCCAAACCAUUGAAUCGAUGACGGACCGUGUUCGUCAGGUGUAUAAUGAGUUCGUCUGGAGCAAAUUUGACUUAGUACAACAUUAUUGUCACCUGUCUAAUAGAAGACGAGAUGAUCCAUGGCUUUCUGCCUCAAAUGAUCGGACAAUUGAUGAUGACUGUCGCCUAGAAAUGAAGAGUUGGCUCCCUAACAACAAUGAUAAUGAUAAUGAAAAUCCUUCUGCAGUGUUCAACUUACUGGACUCAAUGCUGAAAGACAGUUUGGAGAAACUCAAAUCAAUGAGGGAAAGUAUCGUGUGGCCAGAUACAUGCCCAAAACUUCUUACAUCAAAAUCCGAGUAUAAUCAACAGGCAGCCCAAAUAAGGAUGUUGAGCUUGGAAGGAAAUGCAGGGUUAGCACAAAAUCUUUGGAGAAAAAUGGUUCAGAAUGGUCUUAUUCCUGAUAUAUUAACACAUAAUUACCUCUUAAAUGGGUUUUGCAAAGCUGGUAACAUAGAAAAGGCAGAAUGGCUAUUAGAAGAGAUGUUAGAGAGAGGUUGUGCCCCUAAUUGUGUUACCUAUAACACUUUAAUUAAAGGUUAUUGUCUCAGAAAUGACUUUGAUAGAGUAAACGAUAUCUUAUCUACAAUGGGAAAUAAGGGUGUUACACCCAGUAGAGUGACCUUCAAUAUGGUUAUAAACGCACUUUGCAAGACAGGUUUUAUAGAUGAUGCCAGGAGAAUUCUUAAAAAGAUAUUGGAUGAAAAAUGUGAAAAGGAAAGCUUGAACUUGAUCCCCUCAACCAUUCUUAUUGAUAGUUUUUUCAAGAAGGGCGAUAUUAAUCAGGCGAUGGCUCAUAUUGAGGCUAUUUCCCAACUAGAUGUAGUUUCAUAUAAUGUCAUCAUCAAUGGAUUCUGCUUGAAUCGUAAUAUAAGCCUAGCGUUAAGAUACUUAUCCGCAAUGUAUAAAAGUGGUUUCCGACCUGAUAUUUUCACUUUCAACACUCUUAUCAGCGUCUUCUGUAAGGAAGGGAAAAUGGCCGAGGCUUGUUAUAUUUUCAGCGCUAUGUUGAAAAUGGGUGUGUCUCAUGAUCAUAUCUCGUAUAAGAUUCUUAUUCAAGGGCUGUGUAUUCAGGGCAAUAUAGCUAUGGCUCUUAAUUUUCUUCGUAAUAUGCUUGAGGAUUCCAUUUUACCAGAACCUCUUAUUUGGAAUGUGAUUAUUGAUGGAUUUGGUAGAUAUGGUGAUUUACAAAACGCUCUUUUAGUUAGAGACGAAAUGUUGGCCUAUGAUGUAUUGCCAAAUUCUUUUACAUAUAAUGCAUUGAUUCGUGCACAUAUAGAAAGUGGGAACAUUGAUGAGGCUUAUUCACUCAAAAGUAGUAUGCUUUUAGCUGGCAUUCAUCCUGAUUUAGUCACUUAUAAUCUUUUGUUAGGUGCUUCACUUAACUAUGGUGAUAUCAAUUCUGCACUUUGGUUAUUUGAUGAAAUGGUCAGAGAAGGAUAUGAACCUGAUACAAUAACUUACACUCAGCUUAUUAAAAAUUCCUGCGGAAGAGGCCAAAUAGAGGAGGCAGAAACACUAUUUGGCAGGUUAAGGAAGUUGAAGUUACCUAUUGAUCACGUUCCUUUUAUAGUACUCAUGAAGAAGUAUUGCAUAUUGAAAGAAUUUGAUAAGGCUUACAGACUUUAUGAACUAUGGUUGAGAAACUACAAACCAUCAAGCUCUAUUCCAUCGACUUCUUAAUAUUACGAAUUGAGUGCAAAUCUACUUGAAGCUGGGCUUUUGAACUUCACUUGAACUAGUUUCAUGUGUUUUGUCCGCAUUGUCCUUGGCUCUUAGAAUCAACUUGCAUGUAGAAGUUUGCAAUGCUUGAAGAUUUUUGAGGGAGGUGAAGGGAGAAGGUAUAACAAUGAACAGGAAGAAGCUGCUAAAAGUGCAACUACUACCAAUAACAGGUUGGUAAAGAAUGUAGAAUGAAGAGAAGAGGCUGCAUUUGAUCCAUUGAAGUAAUAAUAGUAAGGAUUGGAAGGAUUAUUGCCUUGGCCUGCAUUAGGAACCUGAAUAGAAGGGAAGUUAUUACUUCUGGUCUGAGGUGGCGGUGGAGGAAAGAUCCACGUCCAUGCAAGUGGUGGAGAUGGCGGCGGUGUCUUCCUCGGUGGUGGUGCAUGAUAGUAUGACUGCGGAGGCGACUCCAAAACUUUUGGUGGCGGCACCAAUGGUGAAGUGGGUGUUGGGUAUAUUAUUGGUGGUUCUUCUAAUGCUACUGGCGGCGGUGGUGGUGGUGGCAGUCGCCGCUGUGGUGGUGGUGGAAGGAGUAAUUGGGGUGGUGGUGAUUUUGCUACUGAUGGCGAAGGUGGCGAUGAACAUAUGACUGGACAAGUGACACAAUCGCUGAUGCAGAGUAUGCUUGUGUCUGGACCACCGGAUUGAUCCUCCGAAUGCCCUCUCCUACUAAACAUGAGCAUGAACACGACUAGUAAGGUAAAUCUCAACUGUGGAUUCUUCAUUGGUUUUUUCAGGUGGCUUGAGAAAUUCCUCUACUAUAAUGCUUGUGUAAUCAAAAUGGUUAGUCUUGUUUCUGCAAUACCUUGAUACCUUGAUGGAGCUUUAUUUUAUACUAGAAAGAGUUGUCCAAAAGGGGGGACUGAAGAUAAAUAUAGGUUUCAAUUUUUUUUUUCAUCAUUAAUAGAUAAUAAUGCAAUAAACUCGAUUUAUUAUGUUUAUUGUAUGAAACAUUUGUUAUAUUUUAAACAUAUCUUAAUAAAAAUGUGAACUUUUAAAAAUAUGAGAAAGGUCUGAAGAGAGACUUUAUCCCUUCCUCUAAAUACAAUCUACAACUUUGGCAUCA